UUUGUUUACGGUGUAUAAAAACAAACUUGUUCCGGCGGUUUUCGCCAGUAGUAAUUUUCUAUAAAACUUUUCAAGUUGCGUUGCAGUGACCGCGGCAGCACGGAAGAAGGUAGUCGUCUGCAUAUCCCGCACGUCUACGGUCCACGCGCUGGCAUUGAAUACAAGACGUAUUUAGUGGAUCGGUGUGAAUAUUUUUAUUUCAAGCGUGUGAUGAAUUUCUAACAUAACCUCAAUUUCUGUAUACAAAACGAUUAUUUUUGUGUGAUUGAUUAUUUAGUGUGCAGUAGUUGUUUUAAUAUAAGAUAAUCAUGGAGGUGCUGUCGUCGUCCAAAAUUGCCUUAACAAUUCUUUCAGUAUUAUUUUUAUGUCAACAUACUCUUAGUAAAAUAACUGUAUCAACCCAUGAUGCAAGGAUAAAACUACAUGAUACAUUUUUAAUUGAGAUUACAUUGCCAGGUGCUGAUAUUAAUAAAGAGGACACUAUUUCAUUAGUAUCACAACACACGGAUAUUAUCAGUCCUAAUGUCUCGGAAAUUAUUUUAAAGGACGUAACGGACGGCGAAAAGUUUCCAGUUAGUAUAAAUACAUCACGUGCUGGACAUUCUGAUCUAUAUGCUAAUGCUUCAUCUAACCAGACCGAUGUAAGCGACGUAUACGUUCGCUUUACUGUAUACAAAAACGAUGGAUUAGAUACAUUCUCAGCUAUUAUAGGUUGGAUAUACUUCGUUGCUUGGUCUGUUUCGUUUUAUCCGCAAAUAUAUAUCAACUGGAAAAGGAAAAGUGUUGUUGGUUUGAACUUCGAUUUUAUUGCUUUAAACGUGGUUGGAUUUUCCUUAUAUUCUCUCUUCAAUUUGGGGUUGUACUACAUUCCAGAAAUUAGGGAUGAAUAUGCGCACAGGUAUCCUCGAGGGUUAAAUCCAGUCAAAGUAAAUGAUAUUGUUUUUGCUGUCCAUGCAACACUAGCAACAAUAUUGACAAUCAUACAGUGUUGCCUAUACGAAAAAGAAGAACAAAGAGUGUCUACAACUGCCAGGGGAAUUUUAGGAAUAUUUGGAGUUUUCAUCUUAAUCAGUAUUAUCCUGUCAGUUUGCAACGUCAUUCACUGGUUGGAUCUGUUGUAUUAUUGUUCUUACGUUAAGUUAACAAUUACUCUCAUUAAGUAUAUACCACAGGCCUACAUGAACUACAAACGAAAAAGUACCAUUGGAUGGAGUAUAGGAAAUAUAUUCCUAGAUUUUACUGGAGGUACCUUGAGUAUGUUACAAAUGAUGGUCGAUGCCUACAAUUAUGAUGACUGGGUUUCAAUAUUUGGUGAUCCAACCAAAUUUGGUCUAGGACUAUUCAGCGUAGUUUUUGACAUAUUCUUCAUCGUCCAACAUUACAUACUCUACAGACAUUCAAGAUAUAAUGUGGACUUGCCUUAAUUUUUAGUUUAAACUAGUUUAAGUAUGUACAAAGGAUAUUAUACUUAUAAAUUUAUUUAUUAUUGUUGUAUAUUGAAAAAUGUAACUUUUUUAAAAGAUUUUUAUUACUAAGACACUUGAUAUCUACCGAUAUUGAUAUUAAAUCUGUGUUUUUA